CCAGGAGCCCCCACCUGCUGCCUGGUUGGGGUCCUGAGAGCCACAAGCACAAGGUGAACCUCCCAACCCCUGCACAUUUUCCCCCACAGAUUCAUUCCCCAAAUGCAGCGUGUGCAGUGGGACCUGUGGCCCCUGACCCCCCAGCUCGGCCCUGAGGCGGGAGAGAGCGUGGGUGUGCAUUUCUCUAGGCCGGCCGGGGCUCCAGGAGGACUGCAGUUGGGGCCAUUUGGGGAACAGGGGCCCUGGCCACCCCGAGCCCAGCACAGCAGUCACUCCUCAGCUCUUUCAGGGGCCGCAGUGUGGGGACGUUUGCUGACAGUGAUGGGCCUGGCCAGAGAGGGCCGAGCUGGUGCAGGACAGGCCCGCGAGGGGCAGAGGGCCUGGCACUAGGAUGUCAGAGCGCUGUGCCUGUCCCCAUCACUGCGACAGGAAUGUGACUGCUGCAGGGCCAUGUCCUUAGACACCUGUGUCCCCAUCCCUGGCCCAAGGUCGGCAGCGGGUGGCACCAGGGAACAUCUGCUCUGCCCUGGGCCCGGGUGGGUCACCUGGUCCUGGGGAGAAAGGGGGACUGGCCAGUGCAAGGCCACUGACCCCAGUGCCUGAGGCCCUGGGCCACACACCUGUGAUUUGGGAACCCCAGACUCAUGUGGGGAAGGAGAGGGACCGAGAUGGGGUGGAGGGAGAGUCCAUGUGCCCCUGGAAACUCGAGUCCUGCGUUUGCACCAGGCCAGGUGUGCGGUUUGGAGGAUAAAAUCGGAAACAGCAGGUCCAGCAGGCAGGCUCUGGAGGCUGGGCUGGGCAGACGGGCACUGUCCCAACCCACUCUCCAAGCAGCACCCCCAAGCCCUACCUCUCUCUGUUCUGGGUCCCCUCCCUCUCCUUCCACCCAGUGGCCCAAAUCAGAAACCCAGGGUCAUCCUGCCACCUGCACAUGGCCCCUGCUUCACAGCCCUCCUCGACCCCACCUGCCCAUUCCAUCUCGAUUGGCCCUGCUGGGCAGCACGUGGUCAGCCAGGACCUGCGGUGGCAUGGGGCAUGCCCUCCUCACCGGGCACAGGAGGACGCACCGGCUGGGCCUCCUGCCAAAGUGGACACUGAGCCGGGCUGCGGGUUGGCCCCACACUGGAGAUGAAUGACUGUCAGGGUUAACGCUAGACCCAAGUCAUGUCCCAGAGUCCGCCUAUCCCAUCCCUGCCCCCCACACCGGCCUCCCUUGUACAGCUGGUCCUUGGGAAAGAAGUCCAGCCCCAGAGCCAGCAGAACGGCUGCACUUGAGCCAAUGGUCCAGCGUGCGGUGGGGUGGGCAGGGCAGGGCCAGAGCAGUUCAGGCCUGGAAGGCCCCUCCCCCACCAGCCACACCGUGUUCCCAGGCCUGGCAGCACCGGGUCUGACCCAUAACCCAGGGGCCUGGUGGGGUGUGGAGGGGAAGGAGUCCCUGAGAGGGCAUGAGGAGAUCAGAAGUGAAGGAGAUGGGGGUCACAUGCACACACCAGCAUCCACACGCAUCGCACACAUGCUCAGCCUCCUGCUCACUGGCUGGGACAGGGGACCAGGCAGGCCCACCCUCUGCCCUGGACACAGCUGGCCAAGCUGCUCCGCAGUCCCUGCAAGCCACCUGAGAGCCCAGCACCCUGGCCCCUGCAUGGUCUGGGCUGGGAGGAGGGAGGCCUGGCCUGGCCUGGCCCGGAGACAGCACGUUCCUCAGGCCUUCCCUCACCUUUGCCUCAGGCACGAGUGUCAGCUGGGAGCCCAGAGUGACCUCAGUGCCCAGAUAUUCCCAGGAACUGUCGGGAGGAUGUUCCCAGAGCAGCGGGGACCUGGGUCCUUCCUGGAGCAGCAUGUGACCCCGAGUCACGACCUUGGGAAGCAGGAGCCUCCAGUGAGCACAUUCCAGGCUGGCUCUCACCGUGGCUACCCGCACAGGGCCCCUCACAGAGCUCCCAUCCCUCCCUCUCUGGACCUCCAUGCCUUGCUGAGACCCCUCCCAUCUUCCACCCCAGCCCUCAUCCCCCUCUCUGAGCAUCUGCCCCCACUCCCUGCCCCUGCUGUCCCUGGUCUGAGCACCCAAAUACCCCCAUGAGCUCCCACACCCCUGCUGAGCCCCACCCUCUCCCAUACUGGACCCCUACCCCCUGCUGAGGCCCCUCAGCCCCCACAGAGAGCCCUCCCUUCCUGAGCCCAGGCCCCUGUCCUCCACGGGGCCUUGCCCGCUCCCAUCUGCAGUCAUUUCCAGUGUCCCUUGGGCUCCAAGAUGCCCGGGGCAGCACUGGGGGAGCCUCUGGGUCCCCACUGAGGGGUCAGCAGGCACCUGUGGGGGAAGUUGCGUGAGGCCAGCCUGUGGGGUGUCCCCGCCAGCUCUCCCACCAGGGUGGGCCCUGAACUCCCAGCCCACCAAGAGUGACACGCCUCAGACCUGUGUGGGGCCCUCAUGGUGGGGGUGGGGCUGUGGCACUGGGUCUGACCUGCCCUUGCAUGGGGUCCACUGGGCCUGCUGGGAGAGAGCUGCCUCCAUGACGUGGGGAGCUGGUGGCUGGACGGCCUAGGGGUGCAGCUCGGUCUACACAAGGCCAAGCGCAUGGCAGAGUGUGCAUUGUGGGUGCAGUCCAGGCCACUGGCUGCCCCUCCAGGCCCCCCCACACCCUCCAUCCCAGCCCUGCUGGCCUCAGCCCCCAGACUCUCACCAGCUCCAGCCCUGGUCUUCGCACAGACCAGUCCUGUAGUGUGCUAUGGCAUGUGAACAGGGCACAGGUGAGUGUGACACUGGGGCAUGUGAGAGUGACAUGGGCAUGUGAGAGCAUGUGACGGGUGUGUGAGAGCGUGUGAUAGGUGUGUGACACGGGUGUGAGCGUGUGACACGGGCAUGUGAGCGUGUGAUUGGGGCAUGUGUGGAUGACGGGCGUGUGAGCAUGUGACGGGCGUGUGAGCGUGACUGACGGGUGAGCGUGUGAUGGGUGUGUAUGAGUGUGACAGGCAUGUGAGAGCAUGUGACAGGUGAGAAAGCAUGACAGGUGUGAGGUGUGAGCAUGACGGGUGGGUAUGUGAAAUGUGACACUGAGGCGUGUGUGAGCAUGUGACGGGCGUGUAUGAGCGUAUGACGUGUGUGUGACACGGGCAUGCGAGUGUGUGACACAUGACACGGGUGUGUGUGAGCAUGUGACGGGCAUGUGUGUGAAUGUGACAGGCACGUGUGAGAGCGUGUGAUGGGCAUGUGUCAGUGUGUGACACUGGGGCAUGUGUGAGUGGACUCAGCCUCGUGUUAGUAUUGGACAUGGCUGUGUGUGACAGUGUGACACUGAGGGGUGUGUGGGUAUGUGGACACGGGGCACACGUGUGGACAUAACCAUGUUGAGAGCAGGCGUGUGUGUGUGUGGAUGAGGCAGGUCAGCACAUGGGUGGGUGUGGGCAGUGAAGUGGCAGGAAUGGCUGAGGAAAGACGGCAGUGACCCCAGGGCCAGGGCAGGCUGGGCUGAGGUUGUGGGGGGCUCGGGGAAGGUCUCUGCUGGGAGGCCCACCCAGGAGCUCAGGGUCCGCUGGACCUGACCCUGGGUGGGCAGCUUCCAGAGGUUGCUCUGGGCUCCUGGGGCCAGAGGGGGAGAGGGCUUAGUCCACACCCCAGCCCAGACCCGCCCAGGCUGCCAAGGCCCUGACAACCCCACCAGCCUCCAACCCUCACCCCUCACUCACUGCCCUCCAGCCACCUCUGCCUGGCCCAUCAAGAUGGGGAUGAAGCCAGCCAACCCCUGUGGCCACACCCUCGGCUGGCACAACCCACAGGGUAUAAAUAGACCUGCCUAGGAGCCCACACCCGGCAACUCACACCUGCCUCCGAGCAGAGCUCUGCCCCGUGCAUUCCCUGUGCCCGUCUGUCUGGGACAGAGCAGAAGCCACCAGCACAGCUGCUGGCAGCCGGCCUGGGAGGGUUACCUGCCAGGUGGAGCACAGGCUGCUUGGAGGAGAGGAAGCAGAUGUUGGGGGGCAGGGCAGCCCCAGUCCCUGGAGCCCCACUGUGCCCGGCAAGGAAGACCAUGCCCAGGACCUGCUGACCCCCAGCUGCCAGGUAAGGCCAGCGCAGCCCACGCUCACCCCUCACCUGCACAGGCUCAAGGUGGGGUUCCACCAUGGAGGGGUGGGGCCUGGGGCCAAGGAACCGGUUCUGUGGGGUGCUCAGGCUACAGAGGACACUCCCCAGGUCCCGGUGCCCGGGGCACUCACGACCUCACAGUGAUGGUGCAUGACUCAGGUGGUCACAGUGGCCUGUGUCAUCCCACCGGCCUGCCUGGGACUGACUGGCAAGUCAGGGGUGGGACAGGGCAGUGCCAGGAGGCACGUCACAGGGAUGCACAGUCAGCCCCUUGAGGCUCACUGUCACCCCUUGCCCCUUCUCUCCAGGUGGGACACCUGUGGCCUGAGCCACCAGGGCCAGACAGUCCUGUGGCUCCUUGCAGCGGAGCCUGGGUGCAGGGGAGGGGCGGGAGGCAGAGCAGGGCCCCAGGUCAGCUGAGAUGCCCACCUGAGCCAGGUCAGGGGCAGAGUCGCAUCCCCAUGACCCCUGCCAUGAGGUGGGAGUGGGUCAGGGAGAAGAAACGCAUCCUGCUUUCCCCUGGGUGGGUGGCGGAAGGUGUCCUGACCGUCAGACGGGGCUGGCCCAAAGGGAAUGGCUGUGUCCAAGUCCCCACCCCCCAUGCCCAUCAGACCCUCAGCAGCCAGACAGGCUGGCCCCAAAGGCCCCAGACUGUGGCCUUCCUCAGGCACUGACCUGUGCCUGGGCCCUCCCUGUCUUCCCGAAGCCCCUGGGGCUCAGCUCAGCCCCCCAGACCCAGAGACCCCCACAUCCCACCCUCACACAGCUGCCUGCAAAUCGGGCCUGCACCACCCAAGCCAGGCACCCAUCCUGGGAUCCGAGUUCAAACUCACUUCACCUAACUUGGAGCCCCCGACCUGCUUGAGAGCCACAUCUGCUGGGGCCCAGGGGCUGCUGACUCCCUUGGGAUGGCCCUGGCUGAGUCUCCCAUGAUCUGGGCAGCCUUUUCCACAUUGUGGUAUGUGUGAGUCCCGUAACAUGGGCCCUGUGGUGCCUGUGAGUCCCCGGACGUGGACCCUGUGGCAUCUGUGAGUCCCGUGACGUAGGCCCUGUGGCAUGUGUGAGUCCCGUGAUGUGGGCCCUGUGGUAUCUGAGUCCGUGACGUGGACCCUGUGGCGUCUGCGAGUCCCGUGAUGUGGACCCUGUGGUGUCUGUGAGUCCCGUGACGUGGGUCCUGUGGCGUGUGUGUGUCCCGUGACGUGGGCCUUGUAGAGUGAGUCCUGUGACGUGGGCCGUGUGGUAUCUGUGAGUCCCACGACAUGGGCCCUGUGGCGUGAGUCCCAUGACAUGGGCCCAGCCUUGUAUAAACAGUGGCGACUGUGGUCUGUCAUCCUUACCAUGAUUUCUGCCCAGGCAGCAGGGCCAGGAGGGGCAAGGCCAGCAAGAAGUGCCCGCCGAGUGAUCAGUGAGACCCCCAUGCACAUGGCCAGCAUUCCCAGGCUCAGAGACAUGUCCUCAGGCCAGCAAGUGUGGCACACAGCUGUGCCACCCCCCUGCCGGAUUAGCUCCACGGCCUCCAUGCCCCAGUCCCCCAGCUCGGCCGGCAGCCUCCGGUCCCCUGGCACCCCCGGCUCGGAGAAAGUGGCCUCCCCCCUGGAGUGCUCCAUCUGCUUCUCAGGCUAUGACAACAUCUUCAAGACACCCAAGGAGCUCUCCUGCACCCACGUCUUCUGCCUGGAGUGCCUGGCCCGGCUGGUGGCUGCUCAGCCCGAGGACGGCCCCGGUGGUGAGGCUGUGCCUUGCCCCUUCUGCAGGCAGCCCACGGCCGUGCCACCUGCCGGAGCCCCCGCUUUGCGCACCAGCCGCCAGCUGCAGGCCCGGAUGCCAGUGCAUCUUCGGCGCGAGGAGCCUGUGUGGCUGGAGGGCACCAAGCUGUGCUGCCAGCCGCCACCUGCCACGCCUGGCCGCAAGCCUGGCUUUGUAUGUGUGGACGUCGGCCUGAGCAAGCCUGCCGAGCCCCCCGAACCCAUGCCCGCCCAGGACCCUGCCCCCCACCGGGGCUGCCUGGCCCGCUGCUGGGCACGCUGUAGGGACUGGAGGCGCAUGGCGCUGGUCUCCGCCCUGCUGCUGGUGCUCUUCUGUGUGGCACUCUGGCCGGUGCACUGCGCCCUCAAGACAGGGAACCUGCGCUGCCUGCCCCCGACCCCCCAACUCCCCACCACCACGGCCACCUUCCCCCUCGGGCCUCUAACUGGCAACUAGAGUCACCAGCCUUGCCCAGGUCAGCCAUGAGUGGGUCCCCCACCGGGGUCUCAAGGGCGCAGCAGCCACUGGAAGUCUGUCCCUGAGGACCCAAAAGGAGCCCAGCAUGUCUGAGGAUUCCACUUGGGCCCCGCCAAGUCCAGGCACCAUUUAGCUUGUUCACCCCUCAGUGUCCAGGCUGGGCCCUGAUGGGGUGGAUGAGAGGGUCUCCAAAGCCUCCCAGAACCACAGGCUCCCACAGGCCGCAGAGACCACCUGCAGCUCCUGUUAUGCAGAUGGGGAAGGGCCCAGGAGGGAAGCCAGCCAGCACCCUGCGUCCAUGCACACAGAAUCACCUGCCAGGGAAGGGAGGGAGGGGCCUGCCAUGCCCUGGCUCAUGCUCAUGUUUCACCCCCAGGUCCUCCCCAGGCCUUCUUCAGGCGGGGCUGGUCCCUGCCAUUGGGUGGGGGUGCUGGUCUUGCCCUCUGACUGGGGGAACGGGGGGGCAGGGCAGCGCCCCAAUGCAAGAUAACCACGGAAACUUCCAGCUGCCCCUCCAACCCUUGAGAAUUGUAGAUUUUUAAGUAAAUGAUUUGUAUCCGU